AUGGACUACGUGCGCGACGGCUACGACCUUCUCGCGGCGCAGUGCCGCGAGCACGUCCCGGCCGCCAGCGUCCCGGAUGAGGUCACCUUUUGCGAUGCCCACUACCGCGGCGACGCGCCACGACCGGUUCCGUGGCGGGCGGCGCUCGACGAGAUAUUUUCGGACGCGCUCGCGGCACGCCCCCUGCUGGGCGUCGCGACCGCCGGCUGGGUGGUUCAGGGCGCGCGCGACGGCGUCGGCUUUGAGUACGACGGCGAGUCCGGUGCCCGGAACCGCCGAUUCCGGCUCACGGCGCACCUCGAGUGCGGCCCGGACGCGCUCCUCUCCACGCUCCUCGAGCCGGAGCUGAUCGGGAAGCUCGACCCCACCACCCUCUGCCUCCGCACGCUCGCGGUGUUGGAGGACGGGAGAGACGCCGGCGCCGCGCUCUGCCACACGGUGGCCAAGACGGGCUUCCCGUUUCGGCACCGCGACUUUGUCGACGUCACCGCGUGGAAGCGGCUGCCCGACGGCACGGUGCUUCAAGCGGCUCGGUCCUGCCCGACCGCCGCCGCCUCGCUCGCGCCCACGGCCGUCCGCGGCGUCGUCGAGGAGUGGGCGUAUGUCCUCGCGCCUGCCGCCGGCGGCGGCACCGACCUCACCCUCGUCAGCCAGACCGACCUCGCCGGCUACAUGCCGACUGCGGUCACGAACCGGCGCGCGGCCGUCAGCAGCCAGCACAGCGCACAGAUGGUUGGCCCCGUGCUGGCGGACUACGUUCGGGCGCUCGAGAGGGUGACGAUAGCUCGCGUGCAAUAA